AUGGACCAAGGAAAGGCAAGGGCAGAGGAAGUGUGUUGUGCUCCUUGCUCGCCUCAACCUGUGGCUGUGUUCCCCAGAAGCAGCGCCAGCAGCAGUGGGGCUGUGGAGCAAGCCCAAGAGCUGAGCGCCUCAGCGAUACCUAGAAUCAACUCACAACGCCACUGCCAUCCCCACUCCCACCACCACCAUCACCACCACUCCCACCACCACCAUCACCACCACUCCCACCACCAAUCAACUACAAAAACCACCACUUGA